AUGCACUUCUCACCAGCACUCAUCCUCGCCCUUGCGGCUGCUGUUUCUGCCCACGGUGUGGUCACUGAAAUCAAGGGCGCAAAUGGAGUUACUAUGCCAGGCUUGACUAUCCAAGACGGAACUCCCCGCGACUGCUCUAGCAACGGCUGCGGCUCUCAAGCCGAUACCGCCAUCAUCAGGGACAGGGAAAUCGCCAGCGGCAAGGCAGGUCCUCUCGGCCGCACACAGGGUAACGGCAAGGUCGAUGCUGCGGUCAUGGUUGGUGCUUUCAUGGGACAGGGCGCCGCGCCUCCUGCGAACAACGGUGCUUCUGGAAGUGUUGGUGUCGAGGACAACAUCCAGCAGCCUGGCCGGAAGCGUCAGUUCCUUAGUGGUCUUCUUGGCGGAGGCGCCGGCGGUGCUGGAGGUGCCGGCGGCGCAGCUGGUGCCACUGGUAUCGCUGGACUGCUCGGUGGAGGCGGUGACAAGGUCAAUGGCCCACCAGAGGCACGCGUAGCGGCCGCAGUAGGACAGGGUGCAUCGAGCGGUCUGCCCACAUGUGCUACUGACGGUACCGUCACCAUAACUAUGCGCCAGAUCAACCAGGAUGGUGCCGGCCCCUUCACUGCCGACGUCGAUGGAACCUCAGGUGGUACCGACGAGGCCGCCAUGCAGCCCGCUACCGUUACCCAGGACGUUCCCGGCCUCGGUGUUCAGGGUAUCUCUCUCGCCACCAACACCGAGUUCGCGAUGAAAGUACAGAUGCCGGCUGGCAUGACUUGUGACGCGACCGUCGCUGGUGUUAACAACGUCUGUGUCAUGCGCGUCCGCAACGGUGCUGCUGCCGGACCCUUUGGUGGAUCUGUUGCUUUCACACAGGGUGCCGCUGCCAGGAAGAGGGCCAUCGCCUACAGGCUCAAGAAGCGCAUGGAGAUUGGCGGCAAGAACUAA